CGGGGGGGCAUUCGACAGCCUGGACUUCCCUCUUCUCGACGUGCAUGCCUCAAAUCGAUCCUCGAAUAGUGUUGCUCACCAGGCCACGAUGUUGUCAACCGCAUGAUGGAUUCUCCAGGCCGCAGGACCCUGACUUGCGACAUGUAUUGGUGACGAACGGUUGACUCUAUGCUCUUGAAACUUUCUACCAUUCAUUCGAUUUUUUUCAUGUCUUGGCACUGUGGACUUCAUCCGACACGGGCCAAUGCAUGUGUCGGAGACCCGUUAAAAUAUGAGGACACUCAGCGGUUCAAAUGGGUCCCGUGUGCUCAGGGAAGUAUCCAGGCUCCCAAGCUAUGUGCAGUUGUUCAGGGAUGUAGAGGGAUCGUCUGUUGACUUAAGGAAUGAUGCAGCCGCCCCUAUUCUGCUCACCGACGGCCAUUCCUCAUGUUAUCUACAUUCCGCCAUGAUCCUACCUUCGUCUCGGACACACGCUCAGAUCGUCAGCAGACACACAUGGUGCUGCCCACACUCCCGGCCAGCCAACUUUGGUUGGUGCCUUGAUCGAACACUGUCGAUCCCAGCCCCUUGUUCAGCCCGUUCUUCUGCACCUGCCUGGGCCACACUGUUACACACUGUCACCAGACAUUCUCGAGCGGUUGCAGGUUCAGCUUCGAGGAAUCGUCGAUUAUGUGUACCGUCCAUGGUACCCAUCGCCUAAAUUGUACAAUCUAUGUUUCUCCUCUGAUGUGAAUGUGAAGAGUGAUCGACACUGUACAAUUAGCUUUCAAUAACCCGACGCUACAUCAAUGCAACUACGUUAACGUCGACCCUGAA